CGAGCGCAAGGCAACAUGGCUUCCCCGCCCCACCAGCAGCUGCUGCAGCACCACAGCACCGAGGUGAGUUGUGAUUCCAGCGGAGACAACAACAGCGUGAGGGUCAAAAUCAACCCCAAGCAGCUGUCGUCCAACAGCCACCCUAAACACUGCAAGUACAGCAUCUCCUCCAGUUGUAGCAGCUCUGGGGACUCAGGGGGCGUCCCCCGGAGAGUGGGCGCCGGAGGCCGCCUGCGCAGGCAGAAGAAGCUGCCCCAGCUGUUCGAGAGGGCCUCCAGUCGGUGGUGGGACCCCAAGUUCGACUCGGUGAACCUGGAGGAGGCUUGCCUGGAGCGCUGCUUCCCGCAAACCCAGCGCCGCUUCCGGUAUGCGCUUUUCUACAUAGGUUUCGCCUGCCUGCUCUGGAGCAUCUAUUUUGGGGUCCACAUGAGAUCCAAAAUGAUUUUCAUGGCAGCUCCUGCUCUGUGCUUCCUCGUGGUGUGUGUGGGCUUUUUCCUGUUUACCUUCACCAAGCUGUAUGCCCGACAUUAUGUGUGGACCUCGCUGGUUUUCACCCUCCUGGUGUUCAGCCUGACUCUGGCUGCCCAGUUUCAGGUUCUGACGCCUCUCUCGGGACCUGUUGACAGUUCCAAUCAUACUCCCGCAGCUAAGUCCACAGACACUUGCUUAUCUCAAGUGGGGAGCUUUUCCAUGUGCAUUGAAGUUCUCUUUUUGCUCUACACCGUCAUGCACUUACCUUUGUACUUGAGCUUGUUUUUGGGAGUGGCAUACUCUGUACUUUUUGAGACCUUUGGCUAUCAUUUCCAAGAUGAAGACUGCUUCCCCUCACCUGAAGCAGGGCCCCGGCACUGGGAGCUGCUGAGCCGAGCCCUGCUCCAUGUCUGCAUUCAUGCCAUUGGGAUCCACCUAUUCAUCAUGUCCCAGGUGAGAUCUAGAAGCACCUUCCUCAAGGUGGGACAGUCAAUUAUGCAUGGGAAGGAUCUGGAAGUGGAAAAAGCCCUGAAAGAGAGGAUGAUUCAUUCUGUGAUGCCAAGAAUCAUUGCUGAUGACUUGAUGAAACAGGGGGAUGAGGAGAGUGAGAAUUCUAUGAAAAGGCAUGCCACCUCCAGCCCCAAGAACAGGAAGAAAAAGUCUUCCAUACAGAAAGCCCCUAUAGCAUUCCGCCCAUUUAAGAUGCAGCAGAUUGAAGAGGUCAGUAUUUUAUUUGCAGACAUCGUAGGCUUCACCAAGAUGAGUGCCAACAAGUCUGCUCAUGCCCUGGUAGGUCUCCUCAAUGAUCUGUUUGGUCGCUUUGACCGGUUGUGUGAAGAGACCAAGUGUGAGAAAAUCAGCACCCUGGGAGACUGCUACUACUGUGUGGCAGGGUGCCCCGAACCCCGGGCUGACCAUGCCUAUUGCUGCAUUGAAAUGGGCUUGGGCAUGAUAAGAGCCAUCGAGCACUUCUGCCAGGAGAAGAAAGAAAUGGUGAACAUGCGUGUUGGGGUUCACACGGGGACUGUUUUGUGUGGCAUCUUGGGCAUGAGGAGGUUUAAAUUUGAUGUGUGGUCCAAUGACGUGAACCUGGCCAAUCUCAUGGAGCAGCUGGGAGUGGCUGGCAAGGUUCACAUUUCUGAGGCCACUGCAAAAUACCUUGAUGAUCGGUACGAAAUGGAGGAUGGGAGAGUUACUGAACGCCUCGGCCAGAGCGUUGUUGUUGACCAGUUGAAAGGUUUGAAGACAUACCUGAUAGCGGGUCAGAGAGCGAAGGAGUCUCAUUGCGGCUGUUCAGAGGCCUUGCUUUCUGGCUUUGAGGUCAUUGACGGCUCACAGGUGUCCUCAGGUCCUAGGGGACAGGGGACAACAUCACCAGGGAGUGUCAGUGACUUGGCGCAGACUGUCAAAACCUUUGAUAACCUUAAGACCUGCCCUUCAUGCAGAAUCACGUUUGCUCCCAAAUCAGAAGCUGGUGCAGAAGGGGGCGCAGUGCAAAAUGGCUGUCAGGAGGAGCAUAAAAAUAACACCAAGGUUUCUGGAGGACAUAAUUCCAAAGCACAAAACGGACUCCUGAGCCCUCCCCAAGAGGAAAAACUCACCAAUAGCCAGACCUCCCUGUGUGAAAUCUUACAGGAAAAGGGAAAGUGGGCAGGUGUCAGUUUGGACCAGUCUGCUCUCCUCCCGCUGAGGUUCAAGAACAUCCGGGAGAAAACAGACGCCCACUUUGUUGAUGUUAUCAAAGAAGACAGCCUGAUGAAAGAUUAUUUUUUUAAGCCACCCAUUAAUCAGUUCAGCUUGAACUUCCUGGAUCAGGAGCUAGAGCAAGCCUACAGAACCAGCUAUCAAGAAGAGGUUAUGAAAAAUUCUCCGGUGAAGACUUUUGCUAGUGCCACCUUCAGCUCCCUCCUGGAUGUGUUUCUGUCAACAACAGUGUUUCUGAUUCUCUCCAUCACGUGCUUCCUGAAGUACGGGGCUGCCACCACGCCUCCCCCGCCAGCCACCUUGGUGGUCUUUGGGGUAGCCCUGCUACUGGAGGUGCUGUCCCUCGUGGUCUCUGUCAGGAUGGUGUUUUUCCUGGAGGAUGUGAUGGCUUGUACCAAGCGCCUGCUGGAGUGGAUAGCCGGCUGGCUGCCACGCCAUUUCAUUGGUGCCAUCCUGGUGUCACUUCCCGCUCUCGCAGUCUAUUCACACAUCACUUCCGAAUUUGAGACAAACAUACAUUUCACCGUGUUCAUGGGCUCAGCCAUCCUCAUCGCUGUGGUGCACUAUUGUAACUUCUGCCAGCUCAGCUCCUGGAUGCGCUCUUCCUUAGCCACCAUCGUCGGGGCUGGGCCCCUGCUUCUGCUCUACAUCUCCCUGUGCCCAGACAGUUCCAUAGUAAUGUCACAUUUUAAUGCAGUACAGAAUUUCAGUUCCGAGAGGAAUCCAUGCAAUAGUUCAUUGCUGCAUGACAGCAGGAGACCAGCCAGCCUGGUUGGCCAGGAGAUGAUUCUCGUCUUCUUUCUCUUGCUCUUGUUGGUCUGGUUCCUGAAUCGAGAAUUUGAAGUCAGCUACCGCCUGCACUACCAUGGGGAUGUGGAGGCAGACCUUCACCGCACCAAGAUCCAGAGCAUGAGGGACCAAGCCGACUGGCUGCUGAGGAACAUCAUCCCCUACCAUGUGGCUGAGCAGCUGAAGGUUUCCCAGACCUACUCCAAGAAUCACGACAAUGGGGGAGUCAUCUUUGCCAGCAUUGUCAACUUCAGUGAGUUCUAUGAGGAGAACUACGAGGGAGGCAAGGAGUGCUACCGGGUCCUCAACGAGCUGAUAGGGGACUUCGAUGAACUCCUGAGCAAGCCAGACUACAGCAGCAUUGAGAAGAUUAAAACCAUUGGAGCCACAUACAUGGCCGCAUCGGGGCUGAAUGCCACACAGUGCCAGGAUGGCAGCCAUCCACAGGAACACCUACAGAUUCUGUUUGAGUUUGCCAAGGAGAUGAUGCGUGUGGUGGAUGACUUCAACAACAACAUGCUGUGGUUCAACUUCAAACUCAGAGUUGGCUUCAACCACGGACCCUUGACAGCAGGGGUCAUUGGCACUACCAAGCUACUGUAUGACAUCUGGGGAGACACUGUCAACAUCGCCAGCAGGAUGGACACCACAGGAGUGGAGUGCCGCAUCCAAGUGAGUGAAGAAAGCUACCGGGUCCUCAGCAAGAUGGGCUACGACUUUGACUACAGGGGCACAGUGAAUGUCAAGGGUAAGGGUCAGAUGAAGACCUACCUUUACCCAAAGUGCACAGACAACGGGAUCGUGCCACAGCACCAGCUGUCCAUUUCCCCAGACAUCCGAGUCCAGGUGGACGGCAGCAUCGGACGGUCUCCCACAGACGAGAUUGCCAACCUGGUGCCUUCUGUACAGAACUUGGACAAGACAUGUCUGGGUUCUGAGAACAACACGCAGGCCAAGGACCCUCACCUGUCUUCUAAGAGACCCUGGAAAGAGCCUAUCAAAGCCGAAGAAAGGUGUCGAUUUGGCAAAGCCAUAGAGAAAACUGACUGUGAAGAUAUGGGGAUGGAAGAAGCCAAUGAACUCACCAAGCUCAAUGUCUCAAAGAGUGUAUGACGCAGCACCUGAAUGCUGCCCGCGGUGCUCUGUUCAUCGAAACAAUAAUAUUUGUAUUUGGCUGUUGUGCGUUCCCAGUGCCACAGUUUCCAUCCCCAGAUGUGGUGUCAUGUGGUCAUUGCAGCCCUAACCUCUGUGUAGAUCACAGUCAUUCAGGGUUCGUUUUCAUGCAUUUCUUUCCCUUUCUCCCGUUGGAGCCCUCUCCCUUGAGUGUAACCGGUCAGCAGCAUGGAGAACAAGUGCCUUUGGGGGCUGGCUGUGGCUCCGGAGUCUAAGGACAGAGGCCACAGGGUGAGGUCAUGGCAUUGGGUGUUGUUGACUUUUAAGACAAAAGCUGUGGUUGAUACAUUUUUGUUGCUUUUUCUCAUGAGACACUUUUUUUUUCUUUUGCUAAUUCAAAGUUUUUGAGGGUUUUUUUUUAUAUACAUAGUAGUGUUUUCCAGUGACCUGACCUUUCUGUAUAACACAUACGCACACACACUUGCAUUUAUGAAUCUGAGAUCAAGUGCCAGUAACUCACUGAGGGAACUCAAGGGGGGGUGGCGUGGGCUGAAAACAGCAGUCAGCGGGCUGGCCUGGCGCACCUCCCUCCCCACGCCUUCCUUCCAAAGCACCCAGGUCCUUGUGGGCUGUGGAUUCCAAAAGCUAACUGGUAACAAAGCUUGGGAACCUAAGCCUCAGGUAUUUAAAAGCUGUUUUUAUUCUGCCCUCGUGCCGAGGGGUCUUCCAGCCAGGAGUGAAGGAACUUGUCUUUGAGGCUGACUUGUCUGAGAGGGAAGUGAAAAUAAAUGUCGGAGGGUUGCAUUUAUUUAUUUAUUUAUUUAUCAGGAAACGUGUUUUCAGGGAGGGGACACCAGGUCAUUCUGCUGAAGGGAAAUAGACUCUGGGAUCUGCUGAAGGCACACAGCAGAGGAUGAGAAGUUGUCUGUUAGUGCUCUAGCCUAUUUGGGCCACCUCCCCCCUGAGGGGGCCAAGCAGGACUGCAGUGGGCAUGACCAGCGCUCUGGGUCAGAGAAGCUCUACAUCACUGUUUUUUAAAAUGAAGGCGCUACUUCUGCCCUGCGUGAUGCUGGGCGAAUCAGAACCCACUGGGUAUGAAGCAGGAGGUCUGGAUAGAGCACAAGGGUGGCAGGCAGUGCCAGCGCUGUCUUGGCCUUCGCACGUGCCAGAAGUUCAUCCUUCCUGUUCUCAGCCUGCGCAGGGCCUCUCUGUGGCAGGACUGGGCCUGGCGAGUGAAGGCCAGCCUCUCUAGAUGGAGUUCUUGCAGUGGAUGCUGGGACAGAAUCAUCUGGAUGCAAAUGAGGUAUUAAACCGGGGACAGUGUAGAAAACCUAGGAAACUCACCUCUGUGCCCUUUGUUGCCAAUCCUCCUUAUAAUUACGUUUUGCCACAUGGAGUAUGAACUUUGUGUAGAACUGAACUCUGGCUAGAGUUGCCUUGUCACAGUCAUAGUUAUUUUUAAGGUGACACUAGCAUACAGCUCCCAGGAUAAUUUGAGGACUAGCUCCUUCUCUGUUUAAGGUCUUCACCGACAUGCCCUGUGCAUUUGCUUUUCACCGGUAAAUCUGUGUAUAACUUUCACAUCUGUGUUAAGUCCCGUUAUUAUUCCUCCCCAAAUUCGUACAGAAUCUGCCAUCUCUGGCAUCAUGAAAUAUUGAUUCUGAUCAGCCAUCUUCCCAGGGGACAUGCAUGGGAUGACCACCGGCUAUACAGCCGUAGCCAGGACCCCGAUGUCCUGGGGAAUUGAGAGCAUUCUCAGUGACUAAGAUUUUCCUUCAGGUUUUACUAUUUUACUAUCACUUUGUUCUUCCAAUGCCGGAGAAAGAAUGGUUCUGACAAUACCUCUUGCUUCUAAAGAAUGUAUUCUUAUAAAAUAUUGCAGAAUUUUUAUUUUACUUAAAAAAAAAAACACUACCUGAUGCUCUCCUUGUCUGUAAGAAUUGUGGGCGUGUUCGGGGUUUCUUCCAUCAGUAUUAAGGCCUGUGUUUGAGUGUGGCUCUGCUCCUCUGCCUUCUCGCUCCAGGCUCUGUAGCUUUGGUGGCACCUAAGGGGCUGGGUGGUUGCCUGUGAGUCACCAGUGUAUCUGCUGUUCUGCUCAAAACGUGCCCUGCAAAGUUCAUCUCUGCACAUACUUCCUCCCUGUCAAACUCUUUUUUUCCUUCCCCUCCUACAAAGGUGUUUAUGAUUCCUGACCCUGGGAAUCUGAGAGGCUGUGAACUGCCGGGAGAGAGUCAGACCAUCUGGUGGUCUGGUUCAGCAUUGUGCAAACUGGAGCCUUUGAUGGAUGGCUCACCCAGAGUUCAAAAUUGUCUUUAAAAAACGCCCUGAGCCUUCCUAAAUAACCAGUUCAGCUGUGCUUUCUGGUCCUUCCCAGUUCCCCACUCUGAAGCAUACCUCAUCGCGGAACCACAGAAUCUCUGCAGCGGAAAUGCUGUGCAUCUCUCCCAGUUGGCAUUGAACAGAUAGUUGCUGAAGACAGAUGGGUUUCUAAGCAGCAGGUUCAAGCACUACCGAUACGACGGAUGCAUUCUUCAGAGUGGCAAUACCUCUUCUGAACUUAGGGCAGGAAGCAAUACUUCAGAAUUGAAUGUGUGUAAAUAGUUGCUUUGAGUCGCAAUUGCUAUUUUCUUCUUGGCCCCAGGUCAGAUCAAAUUAUAUAUAUGUAUAAACAAGCACAUAAUUUUGUCCAAUGCAAACAAAUGUAGAGCGUCAUUAUUAAACCCUUAAGUAGCUUGAAGAGUCGCACAGAUUAUGCAACACCUGCACACGACUCCAUUAACACUGACUUUGCUUGAGGAGACACCUGCACAUUUGCACAUGACAUUGAGAGCCAAAGGGCCACGUGCUUCCCGUUGCGUGGGCUGUAAUAAUUUGUAGUUUCCAAAGAUACAUCUGCGUUUGCAUUUCUAGAUUUUUGAGGUAAGCAUUUUUUGGUUGUUUCGGAAAAUCACAUCAUGCCUAGAAUCUGAAAUUAGCAAGAAUCAACUGUUUGCAUUUUCUAUCUUUCCUUUGCUCUACUCUUGGUAAAUUGUUAAUUUUAGUAAUUUCAAAAUGCAUCCACUGAAGAAAUGGACAUUAAAAUAUUCUAAAAUCUAAAUAUUUGAUGCCUGGUAUUUCCUCAUUGAAAAGAUCAGUACCACUUCAGAGAUUGGGGCACCCUUUGUUUCCUGCAAUUUGUGGCUAAAAUAGGAAGAUUUGGGGUUUUUUUGCAUCAUGACUUUGAAAACAAAGCAACUGAAAAAACACCCCUAUGUGUCCUGUGGGAUUUUAAUGGACAUAUUUGCUACAGAUAACUUUGGUUGAGACGUAUUUAUUUUUACAUAGAACUUAGAAAACAAACGAACAAAAACAGGUUGCAGGACUAGUUUUGCUUGUGAUGACAUCCCUAUUAGGCUUUCUAGAUAGUUUUCCUGCAUUAUCUUAAGGAAUUGACUGAGAAAAUAAAGUAGGAUUUCUGAAAAGAUGUGCCCCAUAGCCUCUCCCUUGCAGAGUUCCUGGGAUGCCCGUAUCAUGGGAAGGUCACAAACCAAUUUUAGAAUCUUUGAAGUCACAGAGCUUCUUCCCAGAAAAACACACAUGCCAUUUAUACAUACCAUAGGGAUUCGCGACACCUCCAAAUCUGGAGCCAAACUGAAUCUGCUGGAGUUUAGAGCCUUUUCCUAUAAAGGAUUUUUUCUCGCGGGUCCAGUAUUUCUGAGCAAUCAGCGCACAUAAUCGAUUCCCUUGUAGACUCAGUGAAGGGAAAUCAAGAUGUGGCCUGUCUGUCCUUGCUCAUCCGCUUGCAGGGCUCAAGGCUCUAGGUGAUUCUCUGCUGGAACUUGGUGCCAGUGAGGACACUACUCAAUGGGGGCGUUCCUUCCUCCUGAAAUUUGCUGCAGGCUUUCCUCAGAACCUUUCCAGAGGGGAGGGAGUAACGGUCUUUGCUGCAUGGAAGGUCUUGUGAGAAUGUGGGUCUCUCUACUAGAAAGAGCACCCAGGAGCUUAGAGGGUUUCUCAGACAGCCCAGAAAGUCAGCCUCUAAUGUUUGCAGUAAGUCUCAGAACUUAUCAUUUGUGGUUUCUCUUUCAUCUAAGAUCUUUCACAGGUGGUUGCUUUGUUCUGCUGUGGUAUCUGUCGUUGUGCCCCCCUGGAAUAGGCCCCAAGUUCCAGGGUAAGGAGGCUAGCUGGGGGAUGAGAUGAAUGAGAGGAAGUGAUUAAGAAAAAGCACACACUUGCACACCAUAUACGUGUAAAUUUAAAAUCUCCCCAAGUGUCUAUUUUUAUACAGUUCCUUUGUAAAAAAUUGUUUUCUUCAAUAACAUGACUCCAAAGUGUUGUUACUGUAUAUUAGAGUAAUUCAAACUUGGGGAAUUCUCAUAUUCCUGCUGAGCCUGAAAGUCGGAAGGAGAAGUGAAUUAAGCAAUCGUGUAUCGAGCAAUCUGAGUGCCUCCUGAAAUCUGUCAUCAACAGUGUCUAUUAACCUUUUUCUGGCUCACAAAGCCUUUGAUAAUUUGAUGAAAGUUGUAGCUCCUUUCUCCAGAAAAAAAUGCACAUAAAAAUAAACCCUCUUAAUGUUAUAUACAAUUUCAGGAGUUCCUGGAUCCAAAUAAAAUUCCCUUGAUUUGCAAUUACUAAAGGAAUGAUGAUUUUUAAUUAACUGUGGGCAGAUCCGGUUUCUAAGUAUUUCUGGACUCUCCAUUGAGAACUUGAUUAAAAGUGUUAAUGCUGCUUGUUUA